UCUCCCGGGGCAACGACGUGUAAACAAGACCUUCCUGCCGGGACACCCACGGCCUCCAGCCAGCAUGUUCAAGAACACAUUUCAGAGUGGCUUUCUUUCCAUUCUUUAUAGUAUAGGCAGUAAGCCAUUACAAAUAUGGGAUAAGAAGGUUCGCAAUGGGCAUAUCAAAAGGAUAACUGACAAUGAUAUUCAAUCUUUGGUUCUGGAAAUUGUUGGAGUUAAUGUAAGCACUACCUACAUCACAUGUCCUGCUGACCCCAAGAAGACCCUUGGCAUCAAGCUUCCUUACCUUGUUAUGAUUGUUAAAAACCUCAAUAAAUACUUUACAUUUGAAGUACAGGUCUUGGAUGACAAAAAUGUUCGCCGACGUUUCCGUGCCAGCAACUACCAGUCAACCACAAGGGUUAAGCCAUUCAUCUGCACAAUGCCUAUGCGGCUGGAUGAAGGAUGGAAUCAAAUCGUGUUCAACCUUGCAGAUUUUGUGCGGAGAGCAUAUGGUACAAAUUAUGUUGAAACUUUAAGAGUUCAAAUUCACGCCAACUGCCGUAUCAGAAGGGUCUAUUUUGCAGAUCGUCUUUACUCUGAGGAAGAAUUACCAGCAGAGUUUAAGCUAUAUCUUCCAGUUCAAACAAAAGCAAAAUCUGCAAUGUAAGAGUACGUAUAUCAAGUCAAACAUAUGGCACAUGGUCUGAUUGCUAUUAAUAAUUUGCAUAUUUUUAUAUUGUACAUUGUUGUACUGUAUCGAGACUUAGAAAAUUACCAAACUAUUAAAUUGAUUGAGAAUUGAAA